CAGACGGACACUAACACGGAUUUAGAACCUAGCAGCAGCGAUUACCGUCCACCGUUUUAAUCCCUUCAGAGCCGGCUCGUCGCUUCAGUAGCAUGAAAAAUAUGUUAACCAUUAUCUCUAACGCACUUUGUAGGAUCACUGGCAGGAAUGUGGGAGCCCAAACAGUGUCCGAGACUCUGUAGAGCUCCUCUGGCUGUGAUCUGGUCUGAUUGGUUGGCUCCUGUGUUCCCCCAGUUGCUGAUUGACCUGUCAGAGUACGUCAAUGUAACUUCGCCGGUGUCGGCGCCCGCCUUGGCACAGGCCCAGGCCCAGCGGCAACCACCUAAACCACCACCAGUCAGUACUAGAGCGCCUGCUGCACAGUUAGUUAGCGCUCAGACCGACCAGCUAGACACACCAGGUACCAGAGUCGUGGUUUCCCGCUCCUUCGCUGACUUCACCUCUCAGGCGACCUUUGACAUCAAGAAAUGCGACGUGCACCGUCUGGAGGAGGGCCCCCCGCUGAAGGCGGAGCUGACUCGGGACCAGGGGCUGCAGUAUUACCGUGUCAUGCAGACCGUGAGGCGCAUGGAGCUCAAAGCUGAUCAGCUCUACAAACAGAAGAUCAUCAGAGGCUUCUGUCACCUGUAUGAUGGACAGGAAGCAUGUGCCGUGGGCAUCGAGGCGGCCAUCAACCCCUCGGAUCACCUGAUCACCGCCUACCGCGCCCACGGGUAUACGUACACACGCGGUAUCGCCAUCAAAGAGAUCCUGGCCGAGCUCACAGGUCGUAGAGGCGGUGUGGCCAAAGGAAAAGGAGGCUCGAUGCACAUGUACGCUCCACAUUUCUACGGAGGCAACGGCAUCGUGGGAGCACAGAUUCCUUUAGGAGCCGGCAUCGCCCUGGCCUGCCAGUACCAAGGCAACAAUCAGGUGUGUGUCGCACUCUACGGAGACGGGGCAGCCAAUCAGGGCCAGCUGUUUGAGUCGUUCAACAUGGCCGCCCUGUGGAAGCUGCCGUGCAUCUUCACCUGCGAGAACAAUCAGUACGGUAUGGGGACGUCGGUGGAGAGAGCGUCAGCCAGCACCGACUACUACAAGAGAGGAGACUUCAUACCGGGAAUCAGAGUGGAUGGGAUGGAUGUCCUGUGUGUCCGAGAGGCUUUCAAGUUUGCUGCAGAACACUGCAGGUCUGGAAAGGGUCCCAUUGUAAUAGAGCUGAAGACUUACCGUUACCAUGGACACAGCAUGAGUGACCCGGGCGUCAGCUACCGCACCCGGGAGGAGAUUCAGGAAGUGCGCAGUAAGAGUGACCCCAUCACCAUGCUGAAAGAGCGCAUGCUCAGCAACAACAUGGCGUCUGUGGAGGAGUUCAAGGAAAUUGACAUUGCGAUCCGUAAGGAGGUGGAGGAGGCGGCUCAGUACGCGACGUCGGACCCAGAGCCGCCGCUGGAGGAGCUGUGCAACCACAUCUUCAGCAACGACUCGCCGCUGGACGUCCGCGGGACAAACCCCUGGGCCAGGCUCAAGUCUGUCAGCUAGAGACACACACACACACACACACACACACACACACACACACACACACACACACACACACACACACACACACACACACACACACCCCAACCUUCCACCCAGCACUAAACGAAGCCCCUUUAGCUGCACCGACACCCUGACUUUUGAAGAAAUAACAUCCAGCACCUCCUUCCUCGAUGUUGAGAUCAUUCCGCACCUUAAUGGGACUCAGCUUUGACCUGAAACCUCUCAGUGUUAUUUAUUUAUAGUUUUAUAUAGAAAUAUUUAAGAUGUAGAUUUAUUCUUUGUCUGUCUGUGUGAGUUUGCUCUGCCGUAAAUCUCACCACUCGGUUGGUGUUGGACCUCGAGCCCCGGUCAGCUGCUGCCAGAUGUUUGGGGUG